AGCAGCAGCAGCAGCAGCAGCAGCAGCAGCAGCAGCAGCAGCAGCAGCAGCAGCAGCAGCAGCAGCAGCAGCAGCAGCAGCAGCAGCAGCAGCAGCAGCAGCAGCAGCAGCAGCAGCAGCAGCAGCAGCAGCAGCAGCAGCAGCAGCAGCAGCAGCAGCAGCAGCAGCAGCAGCAGCAGCAGCAGCAGCAGCAGCAGCAGCAGCAGCAGCAGCAGCAGCAGCAGCAGCAGCAGCAGCAGCAGCAGCAGCAGCAGCAGCAGCAGCAGCAGCAGCAGCAGCAGCAGCAGCAGCAGCAGCAGCAGCAGCAGCAGCAGCAGCAGCAGCAGCAGCAGCAGCAGCAGCAGCAGCAGCAGCAGCAGCAGCAGCAGCAGCAGCAGCAGCAGCAGCAGCAGCAGCAGCAGCAGCAGCAGCAGCAGCAGCAGCAGCAGCAGCAGCAGCAGCAGCAGCAGCAGCAGCAGCAGCAGCAGCAGCAGCAGCAGCAGCAGCAGCAGCAGCAGCAGCAGCAGCAGCAGCAGCAGCAGCAGCAGCAGCAGCAGCAGCAGCAGCAGCAGCAGCAGCAGCAGCAGCAGCAGCAGCAGCAGCAGCAGCAGCAGCAGCAGCAGCAGCAGCAGCAGCAGCAGCAGCAGCAGCAGCAGCAGCAGCAGCAGCAGCAGCAGCAGCAGCAGCAGCAGCAGCAGCAGCAGCAGCAGCAGCAGCAGCAGCAGCAGCAGCAGCAGCAGCAGCAGCAGCAGCAGCAGCAGCAGCAGCAGCAGCAGCAGCAGCAGCAGCAGCAGCAGCAGCAGCAGCAGCAGCAGCAGCAGCAGCAGCAGCAGCAGCAGCAGCAGCAGCAGCAGCAGCAGCAGCAGCAGCAGCAGCAGCAGCAGCAGCAGCAGCAGCAGCAGCAGCAGCAGCAGCAGCAGCAGCAGCAGCAGCACAGCAGCAGCAGCAGCAGCAGCAGCAGCAGCAGCAGCAGCAGCAGCAGCAGCAGCAAAGCCGUCGUUCUCGCCUCUUCACCGGCCUGCGGCUCCUGUGGGGGAGCCUGAAACACUGGGACACCUCCUCCUGGCCUGCCCAGCGUACCUCCAACAUCGAGGCCAGCUCCUUCAGGAGUUCCGCCGCCUGGGCGUUCGUGCCGCCAGAGAGGAGGACAUCCUUUUCCCCUCCCACCGCAGCCAGCUUCCGGCACUAGCUCAGCGUCGUCGAAUUCCUCGGAUCGACGGGGCUCGCGGCGAGAGUGUAGCGUCCCUUCAGCAAUAG